GAAGUUAAGAGGCUGGUAAGCGCCCCUCUAUUGUCCUCUCUCUUCGUCCUCCUGGAACCUUCUCGAAUCAGCAAACGCAUCCCCCUUAACACCCUAAACCUAAAUCAUUAUUUAAUAUCCUUGAGUACCUUUGACCCAUUGCCCUCUCUCUUAAUUGCUUCUUUUUGCUGCAAAUCUAAUUCCAUUCCUUUUGCAUUCUUUGGAUCUUUCUUUGUUGUAAUAUUUGUGAAGGAAUGGAGGGAGGUGCAGCUACUGCGGCAGGAGUAUCAUCAUCAUCAACAGAGAAACAGAAUGAAGCUACGUCAUCUUAUACCUAUUGGGUAAGAGGAACCACACAAGAUGCUGCACCUUUACCUGUUCCUAAGAAACUCACUUCUCAAGACCUUAAUAAUCAAGCUAAUAAUCCACAAACCCAUCUUGGGUCUGCCUGGAAUCGGGCUGGAACAUGGGAGGAGAAAAAUCUAAAUAAAUGGGCGAAUGAUCGAAUUAAGGAGCUGCUCAUAUCUGUGGGGUCACUGGAGUAUUCUGGCGGCAGAGCAGAAGUAGGCGAAGUAACACGAUGUUCUGGUGAUGCAUUUUUGGUGACUGUUCGAAAUAAAAAGCGUGUUGGCUAUACAUAUGAGCUGACGAUCAAAGUCAAGGGGGAAUGGCUUGUUGGAGAUGAGAAGAAGGUGAUCAGGGGCAAUAUAGAUAUACCAGAGUUCUCGUUUGGCGAGCUAGAUGAUUUACAGAUUGAAGUGAGUCUUAGUGAAGACCAGGAUCUUGGACAACAAGACAAGCAGCGAGUAAAACAGGAUAUGAAACAAUUUCUGCAACCUCUUCGCGAAAAAUUGCUUCAAUUUGAGAAGGAGCUGAAAGAGUUGUAACAUGCCGUUGUAUUUGGUACUAAUUUUCGAAGCUUUCCUUUUUAUUCUUUUCUAAGACCUUGUGGCCUGGAGUUGUGGACCAAUGUCCCUUUGACUGGAAAGUGUCACUUCAGCUUGUAUUACUCGAAAUGUAGCACUUUUAGCACGACUAAUUAAGAUUAUUGGGACUUUGGUUUA